CAUUAGCACAUGUCACUGAAGCGAAUCGCGCAUAACAACAUUCGCAGCUCACGUGAGGUCGGCCGCUUGUUGAUAGUGUUGGAUAUUCACACAACUAUUGUUACACACCUCUAUUGUUUUGUGUGUGUUUGUUCCUCCCUUUGAGCAGAUAAAGGUGUGUCGCGAGGGGACUGUGCUUCAGAAGCCAACACCAUGAUCCAGAUGUACAGCUCAGCCGAGUCCAGCAAGGCCAUGAGAAAUGCCAGACCCUGGUACCUGCUGCCCUUCCUGGUCAACCUGGCCCUGGUGUUCAGUGCCACCCAUCUUGUGAACAUCAUUGACCAGAAUGUCAUGGAAGAGACACUGUUUUCUCUGCCAAGCUGGAUCCUCUAUGCCACCAUCGCCGUUGUCACUCCGACGUCUCUAGCAGGAAGUAGAUUGUUACCAGACCCCUCUGUUGCUCUUUUUAUUGGGAGUUUAAUUUCUUCAGCGGGUCUGUUGUGGACAGGACUAGAGAAUGGCACAAUGCAAAUGAUUUCCUUUGGGGUUAUUACAGGAGCUGGUCUGUCUUUUUCUUUACAAGCUUUAUGUAUGGCAAUCUCCCCUUAUUUCAUCAGGGAUGGUUCCUGGGGCUCCGUGGUCACUCUGAUGCUGAGCACAGUUCUCAUGGUAGGCCUGUACCCCCUCAUGGCAUUCGCAACAAAGAUGGCGUCCAACAAUAUCUUCCUGUACCUGUCCCCAGUGGUGGUCGUCAGUUCCCUGCCACCAUUUCUCAUGUUCUUGAGGUCACAGUGUUUGGAGACUGGUGAUAAGAAAGAUACAGACGUGAUGCAGGACUCAGACGAUGAACUCCUAAUACCAGACCUGGAGAUGGCGUCAGACACCAAGGGACCAGUUGGUGACAAUGUCUGUAAAGGUCUGAGGCAUGGGUUUAAAAUCUUCUGCUCGGAGGAUGGCUGGGGAGCCUCCAUUAUCUCAGUUUUUGUUUGGCUGUCCUGGGGUGCAAGUAUUGACACAACCUGGCUGUUGCUGGGCUGGAGGUUCCAGUAUUUUGAGACCACAACUGGGCUAGCUGCCUUACAGUUGUUUCUUUGUUUGGUGCUCUUGGCCUUCAAGAUUGGCACGGAGAUGACUCGCCAGGGCACGUCUCACAGCCAGCCCAAUCUGGCCAGUAACUACAUGCACCUCGGGCUUCUGGGUGUAGGAGGGAUAAUUUUAUACCUGUUCCCUGACCACAGCCACCCAUUCCACAACCACCUCCUCUUCACUGUCGGCCUGGCCCUACAGUACGAUGACCUCAGCGACCUGUACAUGAUCCCCAACAGCAGCCUGGCCCUCCCGACCAACCAGUUCCAACUGGUCAAGUAUAAGAUCACCUUACUGACCAAGGAGGGGGGCACCAAGUACAAUCCAGUCUGGGGCAUCUGUUGCCUGGUAUGCCACAUGCUGUCCCUCUUGUUGAUGUCAUGUUUGGCCAUGAUUCUUGGAGUGCAGCUGGCAAAUAUCAUUGGAUACUUGUCAACAUUUUGUCCAUUAACUUACUUAUUCAGUCGUGGUGGAUUGCUGGUCAUGUCACUUGCCGCCAUUGUUGUUUCGUACAUGCGGAUUGACACGUGGCUUGGACGUAAACACCCAUUGUAUAUUGUCUGACCGCAUGCGUACAGAUUUUGUUCCCAGUCCCAGAUUUUCUUGCAAUAAAACUCUUCUGUGCCCCGAGAUAUGUGCCUUUAGUGCCCAUAGACAGUGUACUGUCAGACAGAAAUUAUUUACAAGCACACAGAAACGGCCAAGCUAAAUUAGCUGUUUGUGAUAUCUAUGCUGAAUUUACGGACAAUUCAGUGAAAAAUUGCACAUGACAUACAUUCCUUAUUGUCAUAUUUCCAUUUAAGAUACAUAAUAUUGUCAUUGACUGUCUUAUAUUGUAAAUUGAAUGUACUUACCAUACUUUUGUAAAAAAAAAACAUUUUUACAAUGCUUCGCAAUAAAUACAAAAAAUUGUGCUUUAUUGAAAAAAAAUGCCAAUAUAUUAAAAUGUGUAUUUCAGUGGCUGUUGUUUUGAGUGAUUUCAUGGAAUUUAAACAGCAAUACUUAUUUAUUUCUGGAGUAUUGUAAAAUUUUGUUUAAAAAUCUAUUAAUUCACUUUUAUUUUAAAGAUAGUCAAACCUCCCAAAUUUUUUUAUUUUUUUAUUGUUUCAAAAGUAGCUAGAGUUUAAUAGACAUGUAUUAGCUAUCUUCAACACAUGUUUACUUUGUAAUAAAUUGUGAACCUGUUGUUUAAAAUGUGUUACUCAUUGUUGAUGAAAUUAUUUCACCUAAAAGAAAGAUAGUACUUUUUUUUCGAUCAGUCCUAAUGAUGUCAUAGGCUUGAGUUUGACCUGAUCUCCUUCAUCAGCCAAUAAUAUCAGAGCCGGUCUAAAAUUGAAUAAACAAUCGCUAUGCUAGUACUCUACACUGAAAUAAAGUUUACAGUAAUACACAGUAAUUAUAUAUUAACUUAGUGAAGUAAAAUGGUGUUAAUUAUUGGAAAAUGGAGAUGAAAUACACAAUGUUAUCAAAAACAUUUCAGUCCUAUAUAAUUGAUCUUUAAUCAACUUUGAAUUGAUAUGUAGAUAAAGGGAUGUAUAUAAAAUAAAUAAUAAAUACAUAAAAAUUGUUCUCCACUUUUAAAAUAUUUUUAUAUGUUGUUUGUGGAUUAGCAUCAUAUGCAUACAUUAUUAUUUCCACAAAAGCAUAAAGGUUAUGGUUAAAAAAGGAUUAUUACUCUACUUUCUUGUAGGUUAUAUGUUUGAUAGAUCUUAUAUUAUUUAUUUAAAUAAAUCGUUACCGCUGGACUUAUUUUGUAUUUAUUUCUAUUCAGGUAAAACAGUAUUUAAUUUACAACCUUGGAUAUAAUUCAUAGAUAGAAUAAUAGAGAGAGAUGAGUAUUAUAUAUUUAGCAUAAUGAAUAUAUUGAUGCAUAUAAUGUGAAAGAUUUUAUAAAGAUGAAUUAAGUUUUAUUCAUGAAGUGCUUUAUAAACUUGAUUUGAUGUUUUAAAUUGAGUAUUGAAAAUAGUUUUAUUUCAUGAUGAUUACUCACUUAAAAUGAUAUUAAUAUUUUGAAUUGAAGAAUCUCAAAUUAUAGUAAACUGUUUAAAAAGUAUUAUUAUAUAGCUAAUACGGCUUAUGAUAUAUAGAUUAGUGAUGAAUAUGUAAUUGAUUUACACUUUAGGUAAGAAAUAUAAAUUAAAUGUGUUAGACCUAAAUUGUAAUGUAUAUUGUUUGUUUAUGUUUUAGAGGUGCUUGCUGUUGUUGCUUAGUUUAAUGAAAAACAUUUUUUUUUUUAAACAUUAGGUUUUUAUUAGCUUCUAAAUCCUGUACCUGUUAAUUGGAUAGUAUAAAAUAAUAGUUUUUAAGAAACUUAUUUUUUUACUUUCAAAAGGCAGGCAGAGGUUUUGAAAUUUAUAUUACACAAAUUUUAAUUAGGUCUGCAAUUAUGUAAUAAUAUAUUUUAAAUCAUCUUUUAAAACAAAUUUCUAUGAUAGAUAUAUUGUAUAGGUUAUAAUAUUUUCAUUUUGUAUAGCUAUUUAUUUGUAUGAAAUAUUUUCACUGACUUGAAAACAAGUGAAGUGUGAUUUAUUGUUGAAUGUUUUGCAAUAAGAUGUACAUUUGAAAAGCAAAAUUUCUACUCAAUACAAAUAAAACUACAUGUUUAUGCAUUCUUUACGCUAGCUAGCAAUAGUACAAAUAAUUCUUACUAUUGGUGGGAUUUCUUGUCUGUAUUGUUUAAAGCAAUAUAUAGAAUAUAUAGUUUUAUAGGUCAUGAACAUUGUAGAUUUAUGCUUCAGUUUAUGAAUUAAUUUUACAUAUUUAAAAAAAAAAAAACCUGACUUUGUUUCAAGAGUCAAAAAUGUAAUUUAUAAUGACCUCACACUUUUUACGAAAGUUGUGUGAAUUGUUUUAUAAAUUUUUAUUUUUUUAAAAAGUUGUGUGAGUCAUGUUAUAAAGCAGACAUCAUAAUGAACACAGCCAAAAAGCAAACUGUUCAAUCAAGGAUUAGAUAAGGAUAGAUCAGGAUUAGACAAAUAAAUACUUUAUGUAAUCAUCUCAUUAUUUUGUAAAACAAUAAUGCAAUUAUAUGUCGUCUAGCAUUAAACCAUGCUCAUGAAAAUAAAGCCUAUAAAACAAGCAAUCAGGUGUGUCCCAUUUUAAAAUACUUAAUUAAAUUCAAAUGUUUUGUUUUUAAUUUUGACAAUACCAUGCAUUGUAAGCAAUCAUUUUUGAAGCAAAUUAGUUCAUGUAUGCUCAACAAAUUAACUAAUAUAUUAUUAUAUUAGUUUUACGUUCUUUUUUUUCACCACUGGAACAAUUUAAAUUUUAUUUCCAUCAAAUUAGAUUGAAAAAUCUACUUUAUUUUAGGAUUUUAAAAAAAAAAUCUUAUCUUUUUGAAAGAUAGCUUUUAGCUGAUGACCUGUUACCCCUUAAAGUUUACAUAGUAACUUUAUUUCCUCGCUAAUCAAUAGGAUAUGUAAAAAAUAAACAUGGAAACAUUUUUGGGAAAUUUUGGUUUUAGUGUAAGUAUAUCUGUAGGUAAAUUGAUAGAAUCACUUAUAAAUAAUAUUCAGCAUGUUAUCAAGUUUUAUAUGACAAAUUUCGAAUUCAUGAACAAAAGUAAUUUAUAAAAUUUGGUAUUGUAUAAAAUAUUUUAAUGACGGAUUAAUGCUUUACAAUAUUUUUUUUGGGAGCACACUUGGUAAUGCAUUAAAAUGACAAGCAAGGAUAAGAUAGAUAUGCAUUUAAAAAACUGCAGAUUGGCCUAUAUUUAAAUUGCUUCAUUUUUUGCUUUUUAAAUUUAAUUUUAAAAUCAUCUUCAUUGCAGGACUACUAGACUUAAUGUGUCUUAUUAUGUAUCGAUUUGAAAAUUAAACCUGUAUCAAUGAUAAAUAAUUGUUCCAAUAUUUUUUAAAUAAAAAGAAUGGUUGUGUUAUGAA